GUCUAACGCAUUUAUUAAGAGAAAGUAUGCACCAAAAAUAUCGUUAUUAAUUGACUAAGUAGACCGAUAAAACUUUAUUUAAGAGAUUAAUGGAGCUCAUAAUAAAUAGCAACAAAAAUCUUUGACGAUGAAUGAUUUGGUCUUACCGCGCUUCCACGGUUCUAAUCUUCGUCGUCCUCUCUGAUAAAGAGACAGAGAGAGAGAGAGAGCUGAAACUGCCAUUUCCGCAAGUUCUUGUUUCAGGGGUUUUGUAUAUUUGCCUCAACUUUUCAUUGAUUCACGAAUUUAUUUCAUUACAUGAUGGUACAUAUGGAGGUGUCUUGGUUAAGAGUUCUUCUAGAUAACAUCUCCUCCUAUCUAAGUUUAUCAUCUAUGGACGAUUUAUCUUCAAACCCUGCUCAUAAGUACUACACCAGAGGAGAAGAUAUAGGAAAGCUUAUCAAGCCUGUUCUUGAGAACCUCAUUGACUCUGACGCGGCUCCUAGCGAGUUGCUUAACAAUGGUUUUGAAGAAUUAGCUCAAUACGUUGAUGAACUUAGAGAACAGUUUCAGAGUUGGCAACCUCUUUCAACUAGAAUCUUUUAUGUUCUUCGAAUUGAAUCAUUAGCAUCAAAGUUACGAGAAUCCAGUUUGGAAGUCUUUCAGCUCCUCAAACACUGCGAACAACAUUUGCCUGCUGACUUGAUCUCACCUUCUUUUGAGGAGUGCAUUGAAUUGGUGAAGUUAGUGGCAAGAGACGAAAUAUCGUAUACUAUUGAUCAAGCUCUAAAAGAUCAAAAGAAAGGUGUUGGACCUACUUCAGAGGUUCUGGUGAAAAUUGCCGAGAGUACUGGUUUAAGAUCCAACCAGGAGAUUCUUGUUGAAGGUGUGGUACUUACAAACAUGAAGGAGGAUGCUGAGCUUACCGAUAAUGACACCGAAGCCGAGUAUCUAGACGGAUUGAUCUCUCUAACAACACAAAUGCAUGAGUACCUUAGCGACAUAAAGCAGGCUCAGUUACGUUGUCCAGUACGCGUACCUUCUGAUUUCCGCUGCUCUCUAUCUCUUGAGCUUAUGACUGAUCCAGUCAUUGUAGCAUCUGGUCAAACAUUCGAACGGGUUUUUAUCCAGAAAUGGAUCGAUAUGGGACUCAUGGUUUGUCCAAAGACAAGGCAGGCUUUAUCUCAUACCACUUUGACACCUAAUUUCAUUGUCAGAGCUUUUCUUGCAAGUUGGUGUGAAACUAACAAUGUCUAUCCUCCUGAUCCAUUGGAGUUGAUUCACUCAAGUGAGCCAUUCCCUCUUCUUGUUGAAUCAGUGAGAGCUUCAUCAUCAGAGAAUGGCCAUUCAGAAUCUUUAGAUGCAGAGGAACUGCGUCAGGUCUUUAGUAGGUCUGCUUCGGCGCCAGGCAUUGUCUCUGAAGUGGUUUGCAAAACCAAAAGAAACAACAAUGCUGCUGCAGAUAGAUCACUGACACGGAGUAAUACCCCUUGGAAAUUUCCAGAAGAGAGGCAUUGGCGUCACCCCGGGAUCAUCCCAGCGACCGUAAGAGAAACAGGAAGCAGUUCAAGUAUCGAAACCGAGGUGAAGAAACUCAUUGAUGAUCUCAAGAGUUCUUCAUUGGAUACACAGAGAGAGGCCACAGCUAGAAUCAGGAUACUAGCAAGAAACAGUACAGACAAUCGCAUUGUCAUUGCGCGGUGCGAAGCAAUCCCUUCGUUAGUCAGUCUUCUUUACUCAACGGAUGAGAGAAUCCAAGCAGACGCAGUGACUUGCUUACUAAACUUAUCCAUCAACGACAACAACAAGUCCCUCAUCGCGGAAAGUGGAGCCAUCGUACCGCUUAUUCACGUUCUCAAAACAGGAUACUUAGAAGAAGCUAAAGCAAACUCAGCAGCAACUCUAUUCAGCUUGUCGGUGAUCGAAGAGUACAAGACAGAGAUAGGAGAAGCAGGAGCUAUAGAGCCACUUGUUGACCUCUUAGGAAGUGGAAGUCUCAGUGGGAAGAAAGAUGCAGCCACGGCUUUAUUCAACCUCUCAAUACACCAUGAGAACAAAACGAAAGUAAUCGAAGCUGGAGCAGUGAGAUACUUAGUUGAACUGAUGGAUCCUGCUUUUGGGAUGGUGGAGAAAGCUGUGGUGGUGCUAGCGAAUCUUGCAACGGUUAGAGAAGGAAAGAUUGCGAUAGGCGAAGAAGGAGGAAUACCGGUAUUGGUGGAAGUUGUGGAGUUAGGUUCAGCAAGAGGCAAAGAGAAUGCAACUGCAGCACUAUUGCAGCUUUGUACGCAUAGCCCGAAAUUCUGCAACAAUGUCAUAAGAGAAGGAGUGAUUCCACCUCUUGUGGCACUUACUAAAUCAGGAACAGCUAGAGGCAAAGAGAAGGCACAGAAUCUUCUGAAGUACUUUAAAGCACACAGACAAAGCAAUCAGAGGAGAGGCUGAUCUUGCUUUACCUUAAAGGUUGUUCUAAGUUCUAACUUAUACAUGAUACACAUCUGCAUAUAUGAUACUUAUAUAAAUAUGAAACUGUUACCUCUAAAAGAUUGUGUAUUUUUUUAGUAUUUCAUCAAUAGUUGGUUUAUUUGUAAAGGAUAUUAUUCUCUGUGCUAUUUUCUUCUUCUUUUCUCAUUGAAGCAAAUAUUUCAAAAUUGAAUUGUUGUAUUCGACAUUGAACCGAUGGACGGUCCCGCCCAUUUGAUGGUGAUAACAAGUUUUAUUUUUCAACAAUAAAAACAUGUUAUUAGAUUUAAAAUGUGGUUGUUUUGCGACAAUAGGUCAUCAAAUGUACGUACCCUUAUGUUAUUAAACGUUCAAUAAACUAUGAAUUGUCUGUGUGACG